GAUGAGUAAUCAACUUCUUGAAAUGGUGUACAGAUUACUCACAAGGCUUCGGGGAAUGUUGGGCAAACCUUGUUGUGACGUAGAUAAGUUAUAGUGCGAGGAGUGUAAUGGAGAGCCACAGGUAUAAAAGGGAAGAGCGAUGCACUGUCGUAGUUCUCAUAUGCCGCGAUCCCAUCGCAUCUAGAGGCAAAUGAUUUCCUCACUUCUUUUCACGUGCUCGAACUUUCUCUUUACAGGAAUUAACCCCCUCCUAACUUCUCCAAUAUUACAGCCGGAAAAUCAGUCCUCCAUAAUUGAAAUCAAUGAACAUUUCAAAGCGACUUUCGGUCCGUCACCUCAGCCAUUCAAGAUAUCAGUCGAUCCAGACUUCAUCGAACAAACCACAUUAAAAGCGUCUUUGACACGAUACACAACCGAUGUCAACCAACCCGAUUUCACCGAUGGUCCUCCUCGUCAUAAUGUCACCACAAUCCGUGAUUAUUGGGUCAAUAACUACUCUUGGUUCUCUGUUCAAGACCAGAUCAACAAAGAUUUGAGCCAAUACACCACAACUGUCUAUGCAGACGGUAACUAUACCUACCCUAUUCCCCUUCAUUUCGUGCACCACAAAUCUCCUCGAUCAGAUGCAAUCCCACUGCUUUUUAUCCACGGGUGGCCGGGUUCAUUCCUCGAAGUUAGCAAAAUAAUAAAUCAUUUAACGAACCCUUCAAAUACAUCAAUGCCUGCUUUCCACGUCGUGGCACCCAGCCUUCCAGGAUAUGGAUUCUCUCCAGCUCCGCAAUAUCCCGGUCUAGGACUGCGUGAAACAGGACAAGCAUUUAAUAAACUCAUGAUAGAACAACUUGGCUACUCGAAAUAUGUAAUCCAAGGAGGUGAUUUUGGCGGUUUCACACUCCGCUACAUGGCCGGACAGUUUCCUUCUAGCGUAGUAUCCUCACUCUCAAAUUUCUUCAUCGUGCCUCCGAAUUCUACGGAUCUCGAACGCUAUGCAAACGGGACGACGAGUGAGGAGGAGAACUUUCAAAUCGGAAGGCUCGAUAUGUAUAAUAACUAUUAUGCGGGGUAUAGAGAUAUUCAACAAACAAGACCAGAACAACUUGCUAUUGCGAUGACGGAUAGUCCGGUAGGAUUUGCUGCGUGGAUUUAUGAUUUUAUGUUUAGUCAUGUAGAUGGGUAUGUGUGGACGCCGGAGGAAAUUAUUACGUGGGCCAUGAUGUACUACAUUCAAGGGCCUUAUGCAGGAAUGAGGAUGUAUAAGGAACUUGCUAAGGUAAGGAACUGCAUAUUCAACGGGGUUUCGGUGGAUAUGAUGACUGAUUGUUUCAUAGGCUGGUACAUGGUUGAAUGAAGGAUUUCUACACAUUAGCAAUCCCGUCGGCGUUAUUGCGUUUCCCAAAGAUUUAGGAUAUAGAACGGUACGCAUCACUCGAAUGUUUAUGUUUCUACAUCACUAACCAUCGCUAGCCGACUUCCUGGCUCCAACGAUGGGCAAAUGUAACUUAUGAAGUUAAUCAUUCGAGAGGUGGGCAUUUUGCAGCACAUGAAGUUCCAGAUUUGCUUCUUGAAAAUAUUCGAACAUUUUGGGGUGAUAGCUCGCUUUCAAAUGCGGAUCAAUUCAAGGAGCAGCUAGAUCAUUUGUGGAUGAGUGAUGAGUUAUGAGCAGGGUGUAGAUGGGGAUUUGGGCAAGGGCUGUUGUGAUUGAUAUAUCAAUACAACUUUAUGGUAGCUAGAUGUAGAAGAUAAAAGCAUUUUUACUCCUAUGAGUUGUAUCUCGGUGGUUAGCAGCACUUGACUUCAGUGCUAUGUGGGUAGGCACAUCUAAAUUCAGAAAUAU